AUGCCAGUUAAAUCUCCAAAUAGAAAAGAUUUAGUUAUUAUUCCAAUGAAAGGAGAUGGAAAUUGCAUGUUUAGAGCUAUAUCGUGCCAUUUAACAGGUUUUCAAGAAUCUCAUAGAGAUAUACGCAAUUUAGUAGCUGACUAUUUUGAAAAGAAUGAAGAAAGGUAUAAAGAAAUUCUCGAAGAUGGCCUUAAAACUGAAGAGAUGUGCGAAUUUACUAUGUAA